AUGGCGACGAACGGCGCGCAGGAGUCAUACGCGCUCCCCGACGUCCUCGCUGCCCUGGCGACGAUGCGGGGAUCAGAACACCAGGCGACCAAGAAACGAGCCCACGAAUUCCUUGAGAACUUCCAAAAAUCGAAAGGUGCUUGGGGUACCGUGAUUGGGAUACUACAGUCUGAGACUGAGCCGGAAGCAAAGCUCUUUGCGGCCAUCACUCUACGCGGCAAGAUUACCUACGAUCUUAUUACUCAGGUGCCUGAGCCCGAGCUGCCCGCCCUCCAGCAGCAAGUCCUCCUAUUGCUCAAGCAUUACUCUGCCGGCCCGAAGCCCAUUCGGGUUCAGCUUUGCGUUUGCCUGGCGAUAUUAGCCAUACAGAUGAAGGAUUGGAAAGAUGUGCUUUCCACCGUUGUCUCAGCCCUUGGUGACAACGUCGAGAGCCAUGCCUCCAUUCUCGACUUCCUCAGAGUUCUCCCGGAAGAAGUAAUCGAAGGCCGCAAAAUCACCUUGACUGAAGAGGAACUUAGCCAACGAACGUCGGAACUUUUGGGAGGGAAUGCUGAGCAGGUUAUACAGCUUCUCAUCAACUACGCCCAGUCGUCGCCUACCGCCGCCCAGAACCCGCAGUUGAUGGAAUGCAUCACUUCUUGGCUUCGUGAGGUCCCUCUCAACGCUAUUGUCAAUUCACCUCUACUAGACGUCCUCUUCCGUGGCCUUGACGAAGAUGCCGCGGUGGAGGAGGCGGCUGAAUGCCUAUGUUCAAUAUUUAGGGAAACUGCCGAAGUCGACGACAACCUGGAUACCAUCAAGCUCUUGUUCCCGAGGGUUAUCGCUCUGCAGCCUCGUAUCAAGAAGGCGGCUGACGAGGAGGACGCCGAGACCUUCAAGGCGCUCACAAAGAUAUUCUCCGUGGCGGCCGAGGCCUGGGUGAUCGCCAUCGUCCGGCAACCUCGCGAGUUCAGGCCUCUCGUGGAGGCAGUCCUUGAAUGCGCGGCAAGGGAUACUGGCCGCGAAGUCAUCGAGCACACCUUUGAGUUCUGGUACCAGUUGAAACAGUAUCUCGUCAUCGAGCGAUACAUCCAGUCCCGUGUUGAGCUGGUCGACGUAUACUCCAAGCUCGUAGAUGUCCUCCUGAAGCACCUCGAGUACCCAUCUAGCGAAAGCGCGAACGAGCAGGACCUGUUCGACGGUGAUCGCGAGCAAGAGGAAAAGUUUAGAGAAUUUAGGCAUCAGAUGGGGGAUACACUGAAGGAUGCGUGUGAGGUUAUGGGUGUAACCGAAUGUCUCGCCAAGGUUCUCCAGGCUAUCCAACUCUGGCUGCAAAAAUACGCUAGCCAGGUGUCUGGCACGACUGUCCCCCAUUGGCAGCAGCUAGAGGGUCCCUUGUUUGCUAUGCGCGCCCUCGGCCGCAUGGUGGACAAAGACGAGAACAUUGUUCUCCCUCAGCUUAUGCCUCUGCUAGUCCAGAUCCCUAGUCACGAGAAGCUCCUCUUCGCGACGAUAAUGGUCCUGGGCCGGUAUACCGAGUGGACCGCCGCACAUCCCGAAUAUUUUGAGCGCCAAUUCCAGUACAUCACGUCAUCUUUCCACACCGAAUCCAAGGAGAUUAUCAGAGCUGCGGCGGUUGCCAUCAAAUACUUUUGUACUGAUUGCCGAGACUUGCUCAGCGGUCAGGUGCUCGAGCUUCACGCCUUUUACAACCAAAUCCUGGACAAACUACCUGAAGUCAGCCAGGAAGAGAUGACGGAAGGCGUCGCGAGCGUGGUGGCUGCUCAGCCGGAGGGUGAAAUCUACAAGCUUCUCAAGCUCUACUGCGACCCUCUAGUUCAGCGCGUGGUGGACAAGGCAUACAAGGCGACGACCGACGAUGGCAAACUGGCUCUCGCAGACCAGGUUCAACUCAUCACGGUGUUUGUUCAAAACGUCAAACCAUACGUUCGUUCCGGCGACAAUCCGGCUGUCAAAUAUUGGCAAGAGGUUUUCCCCAUCCUGGCCAACAUUCUGGACAACUUUAUCACGUUCGUUCCGAUUUGCGAGCGCAUCUGCCGAUGCUGGCGUCACAUGGUGAUCUCUUACCGGACCGCCAUGACUCCUCUUCUUCCUGCAAUGGCAGAUAAGCUCGCUAGCGGGUUUGUUGCGUCGAAAGAAGGUUGCUUCCUGUGGGUGACGGCCGCUAUUCUUCGCGAAUUUUCCGAGGAUCGAGAGCAAGUGGACCCUAGCAUCACCGAGAAUAUCUACAAGUUCUUUGAGGCCCAAGCGACGACCUUCCUCCGUGAGAUGGCGACUUUGCAGCCAAAGGAGUUGCCCGACGUCAUUGAGGAUUUCUUCCGUCUGCUUGUGGAUGCGCUGCUCUAUUACCCUCAGAAGCUUGUUCCUUCGGAGCUUCUUACGCCAAUCUUCGACGCGGCCAUCUACGCCUUGCAACUGGAGCAGCGGGAUCCGCUAUCGGCGACACUCCAUUUCCUUUUGGAUCUCAUCUCAUAUGCAGGUGAUAACCCGGCCACCGGUGAAGGGUUACCUGCGGAUGUAGCUGUUCAGCUGCGCGGAAUCGUCAGGAAUUUACUUACGACACGUGGCGAGAGUCUCAUUAAGCAGGUCAUGGCGGGCAUGAUGAUUACGUUCCCCAGUGAUUGUUUCGUGGAUGGCAGUGGCGUCCUAUUAUCUAUGUUCAAGCUGCUCCCCGCGGAGACUACGACCUGGGUUGAGCGGACUAUCCAGCUGCUUCCUCAGGGUACCGUUUCGCCCGUCGAGUCUAGUCGCUUGAUGGCCAAGAUCAGGGAGAAGCUCCAGGUGGACGACCCAAACAACAUCAGGCAAGUCAGGGCUCUUCUACAGGAUUUUACGAAUAGUUACCGCCGCAGAAACGUUGCGCCCCGCGACGGACUCGGUCAACUCAGCGGAGGGAGGUUCCAGUUCACUGGAUAA